AUGCAAUAUUAAUAAGAUAUCGUGAAUCAUUAUCAUUCAAUAAUUGAAUUAUAUUAUAAAGAGGCAGAGCUAAGUGAUGAAAAUAAAAGGAUAGAAAAUUAAGCAGCAACUAAAAUUUAGCAAUGGUAUAGAAUGCAUGUAAAGAGAAUUAAAUAUCUUAAAAUUAGAUAUAAUACAAUUUAUAUACAAAAGUUUGCUAAAGGUUAUCUGGCUAGAAUGUUAAUGAAAAGAAAUAGCGAUAAUAGAUUUAAUGAAAGAAAUCUUAAAUACUUUAGCUAUUAGGCUACUUAAAUCCAAAGAUAUUUUCGUGGAUUUCAUUAUAGAAAAUAUUAUCUAAACUGGGCUACAAGAAAAGAAUACUUGUCCUUCUUGAAAAGAAAAAAUGAAACGUUUUUGGAAGAACUCAAGAAAGUGGAAAAGGAGGAGGCUUAAUAGUUAAGAAUCAGAUAAGAAUAACUAGCCAGGACUGAAUUCGAGUCUUUGGCUCGUAAUUUGCAUCAUCUUUCGUCUACAAAAUCGAUUUCAGGCAUCUACAGUCGACCUUUUGGAAAUAGGGAUAUUGUCUUUGAUAUGGAUGUUGAAAGUCACUUGAAGAUUGUAUUUCAUAGCAAUUAUGAAUGGGAAAAGUCAUAAUAGAUGUCAAGGUAUACAAGAACCAAGAAGUUGAGUAUGCAAACAAAAUUAAAGCCUUUGAAAUGA